CCCCCUAGCAUUCCGACACCAAUUUCCUCACCUUGCUCAUUCGGGACACCCUCGGCGGCCUUCAGAUGCUUCGCGACAACCAAUGGGUUGAUGUACCGCCCGUCCCUGGGCCCUCAUCGCCAACUUCGGUGAUCCCAUGCAGAUUCUUAGCAACGAGAAGUUCAUAAGCGUGGAGCACAGAGUGCUGUCGCAGUUGGAGGGGCUGAAGAAUCCGAGCAUCCGAGCAGCAGGGAAGCCGUUUGGUCCGAUCAAAGAGCUGGUCGCCAAAGAGAAGCCUGCGGUGUAUAGAGACUUCAUGUUUAAAGAGUACUUCCAAUACUAUAAAGUCAAAGGAGCUCGUGUUGAAUCUGCCUUCGAUUAUUACAUGAUUAAUAAAUGAUUUAGCUUAAUAGUCUGGCGCGUUUGUUGUUGUCAAUGACCUUUCAAGCUUUAUGAUUCACAAUAGUUUGCACAAAAUUGAAACCUUUCGUAACGCAUAAGUAUGUUCAAAAUCAGAGAGCUCCGUGGAGAUUGAUGAUGAA